AUGACUGCCCCAAAUCUCCCCUCGCCCCCGCCUGAUGCCAACCACCAUCCUCACGACGGCCCUGUAGCUCUCCCUCUCUGCUCUCUCCCUGCUGCUGCUACCACCGACACCACCACCACCACCACUCCUCCAACCAACCCAACCGCCCCAUCCUCGGCCCUCCAACCACGCCCUAUACUCGACGACACGCCAUCCACCAUGGGAGAAAGCACCACCAUGCCACGCCAGCUUGCAAACACCUCCGACUCCACCAUGACCUCACGCCGCCCCUCGACUCCCCGCUCGCAAACGGACCCUCAGCCAGACACCAUCGCUUCCCUCUCGACGCAUCAACCGAGCACACUGUUCUAUGCGCGCUCUCACCUCCGCUCGCGCAGCGGAUCGGCCAUACCCAUGGCACGAGCCCACUCGCUACCGACUGUCAUGCAACCCCCCUCCAACUUUGUGCUUUCCUCCAGCCCAGUACAGCUCGCCAGGCCCACGUCCCCUCUGCCCUCACCAAAGCGAACGCGCAGCCCCCGCGCGCUCGACUCCCGCCUACUCGCCACUCGUCCAGUCUCCAUGGGCUCCUUUGAUGGCGCCCCAAGCGUCUGCGACAUCUCCGAAGACGCAGAGCUUGAGCUCAAGCCCAGAGUCGGCACCACCGUCUCCAACCUCUACAGCAACACCCCUUCGCUCUCCCGGCGACGACGUCCAGUCUCGCCCCUCUACCACGUCUCCAUUCCCUUUGGCCACCCGCCUACCAGCAAUCCUUUUGCUAGCACACCCACCUCGACUGCCUCUUCGCCUCUCUUUGCUCCAGCAAAGUUCAACGAGAACUACCCUGCCUCACUUGCAUCUUCGUCUGUCCCUUCUACCCCCACGUCGAUGCGCUCCCGCAGUCCCUCCAUCUCGUCUCUCGAAACCAUCGAGGACAGUCCAGAUGCCGAGGAAGAAGCAAUCGAGGCUGACCGCAUCGCAAAAUUAAAGGCCGCCGCCGAUCGUGAGGACGGUGGAGAUGCAAGGAGGUCUAGCCUGGACGGCCCUGAGGGUCGUGGGCGUAGCAGCAUGGGCUUUGGCAAGCGAGAUUCUAGAAAGAGGUGGAGUGUCUGCGGAGCCGAACGACGAGGAGACCUGGACCUCGAGACUAUUUGGGAGGACUAA